AUGAGACACAGGCGAAUCCGGCUGUUACUUGACCUGCUGUUCUGGGCGCAGGUGGAAACAGGCCGAUCGCUACCGUUGCACUACCAAGACGAUGCCGGUCCGAUAUCGAAACGAGAUCGGCCUCAGUUCGACACAGGCCAGCCGAUCGACGGGGCGGGCAGGGGAGGCCGGAUCCUGGGAGCCACCAACCACCAGCUGGACCUCCAGAACCCGUCCAACCUGGGCCAGCAGCCCACCGACGGCGGCACGGUGCCGAACCUGAAAUGGAGCUUCUCGCAGUCGAGGACGCGGCUCUCGCAGGGCGGCUGGACGCGCAGGCAGAGCAUCACGGACCUGCCGGCGAGCCACGACAUCUCGGCGGCGCAGCAGCACCUCGCGAUGGGGGCGAUCCGCGAGCCGCACUGGCACAACACGGCGGAGUGGGGGUUCGUGUACAACGGGAGCGUGCUGGUGUCGGCGGUGGACCAGGACGGCGGCUACCAGGCCGAGACGCUCGGCUUCGGGGACAUCUGGUACUUUCCGCGCGGGGUGGCGCACACGGUGCAGGGGAUGGCGGAGCAGAACGAGUUCCUGCUGGUGUUUGACGGGCCCGACACGGACGCCGCCGGCUCGACGUUCAACGUGGACGACUGGGUGGCUCAUACACCGCGAGAUGUGCUCGCUAAGAACUUUGGUCUCGACCCCGCCGUCUUUGACGGGGUGCCCCGGCCGAGCCCGGGGAUCCUCAACGGCACGGCGGGGGAGAGCGAUGCGGACCGUGGUGUCUCGGCCGGGCCCGGUGAGCAGCCGGCGGGCGGGACGGAGUCGUUCGUGUUCCGCACGUUGCAGCAGCCCCCGAUCCAGGCGCCUGGGGGUGGUGGUUCGCUGUACAAGGUGGACUCGACGAACUUCCCGCGGAGCACGACCAUCGCCGCAGCGCUGGUGACGCUUGCCCCGGGGGCGAUGAGGGAGAUGCACUGGCACCCGGAUGCAGAAGAGUGGCUGUACUUCCACCAAGGCACAGGGCGGGCGACGGUGUUCACGGGCGACGGCAACGCGCGGACGUUCGACUUCUCGGCGGGCGACACGGCGGCGUUCCCGGCGGGGUCGGGCCACUACGUGGAGAACACGUCGGCGGACUCGGGGCUCACGUACCUGGAGGUGUUCCGGGCGGGGAGGGUCCAGGACAUCUCGCUGGCGCAGUGGCUGGCGCUGACGCCGCCCGAGAUGGCGGCGCAGGCGCUCAACGUGGACGUGGGCGUGAUCAGGAGGAUCCGGAAGGACAAGCAGGUGCUGCUGCCGGCCGGGGGGCUGCCCCGUGUCGCCUGA